UUGUGAUACCUUGGCGAUGAUACCUACCUAUUUUUGUCGUCGCUUUGCAACCGCAUGUUUAGCAAGGAAAAUGGGUACUGAAAACACCGGUAAAAUUUUCGGGGAGUAUAAUAGAAUAUUUGCAGCUGUCGGAGCAGCUACUGUAUGCUAUCUUACUUUCAAGAUAGUUUCAUCAGUUCUUCGUGGGCUAAAAGCGUACUACGUUAGUCGUACUUUAGGCCUAAAUGCAAAUUUAGCCAAGCUCGGAAAGUGGGCGGUUGUGACUGGAGCUACCGAUGGUAUUGGCAAAGCAUACGCUGAGCAGCUUGCUAAAUUGGGGUUAAACAUAGUGCUCAUAAGUAGAACAUUGUCAAAACUGCAAGCAACAGCAUCUGAAAUAGAAAGUCGAUACAAAGUAAAGACUAGAGUGAUAGCAGUGGAUUUCUGCCUUGGACCCGAGAUCUACAGCGACAUUGAGGAGAAGUUGGCCGACCUGGAGAUAGGUGUUCUAGUUAACAAUGUUGGCAUGGCUUAUGACUUCCCUAAGUAUUUUCUUGAAAUUGAAAAUGCUAAAAAGACAAUUGUUGACAUUUUGAAUUGUAACUGUUUGUCGAUGGCAAUGAUGACGCAAAUAUGUCUUCCACAAAUGCAGCAGAGGAGGAAAGGAGCCGUCAUCAAUAUCUCCUCUGCGUCGGGAUUAACACCAUGUCCAUUGUUAACUGUUUACUCAGCAACUAAGGUAUUAUUUCAAUUUCAUUCAUAUAUUUUGCCAUUUUUUUUUUAAACAGUCAAACAAUUA